UCCUAGCAACCGCUGCAUCGCCCGUUUUUUAUCGCUUUGAGUACCUGUUGAACGUGUGGAUUUAAACAGACAAAUAGAUUUAACCUUACAAAUAACAAUGCGAGCUGCUCCCGCAUGGAUAGACAAAGUACACGACCGUGACAAAGUUGAACAAUGUAUUUACGAUGUGGCCUUCAAACCAGACGGCACUCAGCUCAUAGUAGCAGCUGGAAACAGAGUUCUGGUUUAUGACACAGCUGAUGGAACACUUGUACAACCGCUGAAAGGACACAAAGACACAGUGUACUGUGUGGCGUAUGCAAAAGAUGGAAAACGUUUUGCCUCAGGCUCUGCAGACAAAAGCAUUAUCAUCUGGACCUCUAAACUUGAGGGCAUUCUCAAAUACACCCACAAUGACUCUAUCCAGUGUGUAUCAUACAACCCUGUUACACACCAACUUGCCUCCUGCUCCUCAGGAGACUUUGGUCUUUGGUCCCCUGAACAGAAAUCUGUGUCAAAACACAAAGUCAGCAGCAAGAUCACAUGUUGUGGCUGGACAAACGAUGGCCAGUACCUGGCUCUGGGCAUGAUGAGCGGGGUGGUGAGCAUCAGGAACAAGAACGGAGAAGAGAAGGUGAAGAUCGAGCGGCCAGGGGGCUCAUCCUCCCCCAUCUGGUCUAUUGCCUGGAACCCGUCCAAGGAUGACCACCACGAUAUCCUGGCAGUAGCUGACUGGGGCCAAAGGCUGUCCUUCUACCAGCUCAGCGGGAAGCAGAUCGGGAAGGAAAGACAGCUGAACUUCGACCCCUGCUGCGUGAGCUACUUCUCCAAGGGGGAGUACAUAGUGAUGGGAGGCUCAGACAAGCAGGCGUCCCUCUACACCAAAGACGGCGUCCGGCUUGGAACCAUCACAGAGCAGAACUCAUGGGUCUGGACCUGUCGGGUCAAACCAGACUCCAAUUACGUGGUAGUGGGUUGUCAGGAUGGCACUAUAGCAUUCUUCCAUUUGGUGUUCAGCACAGUGCACGGACUAUAUAAAGACCGUUAUGCCUACAGGGACAGCAUGACUGACGUCAUUGUCCAGCACCUCAUCACCGAACAGAAAGUGCGUAUAAAGUGCCGCGAGCUGGUGAAAAAGAUCGCCAUCUACAGAAGCCGGUUAGCCAUCCAGCUGCCCGAGAAGAUCCUAAUAUACGAGCUCAGUUCAGACGACUCCUCGGACAUGCACUACCGGGUCAAAGAGAAAAUCUGUCGACGCUUUGAGUGCAAUCUACUGGUUGUUUGCUCCCAACACAUUAUCCUCUGCCAGGAGAAGAGACUGCAGUGUUUGUCAUUCAGCAGCGUAAAGGAGAAAGAAUGGAUCAUGGAGUCUCUGAUUCGCUACAUCAAAGUGAUUGGAGGCCCACCGGGGAGGGAGGGGCUUCUUGUUGGCCUGAAAAAUGGAGCAAUUCUGAAGAUCUUUGUUGACAACCCGUUCCCCAUCCUGCUGCUGAAGCAGAGCACAUCCGUGCGCUGCCUGGACAUGAGCACGUCACGCAGGAAGCUGGCUGUGGUGGAUGAGCACAGUAUUUGCAUGGUCUAUGACAUCCACACCAAGGAGCUGCUCUUCCAGGAGCCCAAUGCGAAUAGCGUAGCCUGGAACACCCAGUGUGAGGACAUGCUAUGUUUCUCCGGCAGCAGCUAUCUGAACAUCAAGGCGAGCAACUUCCCCGUGCACCAGCAGAAGAUGCAGGGCUUCGUGGUGGGCUACAACGGCUCAAAGAUCUUCUGCCUCCACGUCUACUCGAUGGCUGCUGUUGAGGUGCCUCAGUCGGCACCCAUGUAUCAGUAUCUGGAGAGGCGGAUGUUUAAGGAAGCCUAUCAGAUCGCUUGCCUGGGGGUGACUGAUAGUGACUGGAGAGAUCUGGCCACAGAGGCUCUGGAAGGGCUCGACUUUGACACAGCCAAGAAGGCCUUUAUCAGAGUUCGAGACCUGCGCUAUCUUGAGCUCAUCAACAGCAUUGAGGAAAGGAAGAAGAGAGGUGAAAAUAACAGCGAGCUCUUUCUAGCGGACGUUUAUGCUUACCAGGGGAAGUUCCACGAGGCUGCCAAACUCUACAAGAAGAGCGGCCAUGACAACAGAGCCCUCACCAUGUACACUGACCUACGCAUGUUUGAAUAUGCCAAGGACUUUCUGGCCUCAGGAGACCCUAAAGACACAAAGCUAUUGAUGAAGAAGCAGGCAGACUGGGCAAAGAACAGCAAGGAGCCCCGUACUGCUGCUGAAAUGUACCUGACUGCAGGAGAAAACAUGAAAGCCAUUGAGAUCAUUGGCAUGCACGGCUGGGUGGACAUGUUGAUAGAUUUGGCACGAAAGCUCGAUAAAGCGGAGCGGGAGCCCUUGGCCAGGUGUGCCGAAUUUUUCAAGAAGCUGAAUCACCAUGGUUACGCAGCUGAGACCUACUCCAAGAUGGGUGACCUGAAAGCCCUGGUGCAGCUCCAUGUAGAGGCCAAGCACUGGGAUGAGGCAUUCAGUCUGGUGGGGAAGCAUUCUCAGUACAAGGAUGACGUCUAUGUGCCAUACGCACAGUGGCUGGCUGAAAACGACCGCUUCGAGGAGGCCCAGAAAGCUUUCCACAAGGCCGGGCGGCAAGCGGAAGCCGUUAAGGUGCUGGAGCAGCUCACACACAAUGCCGUCGUGGAGAGCAGGUUCAACGAUGCCUCAUACUACUACUGGAUGCUUUCCAUGCAGUGUCUAGACAUAGCACGAGAUGAUGGGGAAAAGAAGGCAGAGAUGCUGGAGAAGUUUCACAGUUUUCAGCACUUGGCUGAGCUGUACCAUGUGUACCAUUCCAUAUAUCGCUACAUGGUUGAGCCCUUCAGUUCAAACAUGCCCGAGACCCUUUUCAACCUAUCAAGAUUUCUCUUCCACAACUUGACCAAAGACAUUCCAUUGGGCAUCUCCAAAGUGUACACUCUGUACGCCUUGGCCAAGCAGGGAAAGGCCCUGGGAGGGUAUAAGGUGGCACGGCACGCCUUCGAGAAGCUCCACGGCCUGAGGAUCCCUACCCGAUUCCAGGAGAGCAUGGAGCUUAGCUGCCUCACUGUUCGCUCCAAACCAUACCACGACAGCGAGGAUUUGAUUCCAAUGUGUUACCGCUGUUCCACCCACAACCCACUGCUGAGCAACCAGGGCAAUGCCUGUGUCAACUGUAGACAGCCUUUCAUAUACUCCGCCUCCUCAUACGAGGUCCUUCCCUUGGUUGAGUUCUAUCUAGAGGGAGGAAUCAUGGACGAGGAGGCAGUGUCUCUGAUUGACCUGGAAGUACCUCGAACAGACAGGAAAACACCACGCUGGAAGGAGAUGGGCAGUGGAGAGUCUCAAUUGUUAAGGCUGGAUGACGAUGUGGAAGGUCCUGAGGAAGAUCCCUUUACUGCCAAACUGAGUUUUGAGCAGGGUGGGAGCGAGUUUGUUCCAGUCACGGUGAACCGUGCGGUGCUGAGGUCCAUGUCUAGAAGAGACGUCCUGAUCAAGCGUUGGCCCAAGCCGCUCAGAUGGCAGUACUAUCGCUCCCUCCUGCCAGAUGUCAGCAUCACCAUGUGUCCGUCCUGCUUCCAGAUGUUCCACAGUGAGGACUAUGAGCUGUUGGUUCUGCAACACAACUGCUGCCCUUACUGCCGUAGACCUUUCGACGAACCCAACUAACUUACCAAAUGGCCUCAUGACCCUGCAUUUUACAGGGUGUAUAUAUAGAGCCUAUGGAUUAGCCCAAAGUGAACGCGUAUGUGAUCCUUCUUAUUGGUCAGUGCGUGUGAGUGUGUGUGUGUGUGAGAGGGUAGGUUUAGGGUGGUGAUGAUUCUCAAGCUGUAAGAAAAGCUCCACCUCAUCUGAUCUCUCUGAUAAGAUUAAUGGAAUCACUCAGCAAAAGGGGAUUACGGGGGUUUGAAAGAUACUGAAGUGUGCAAGAUCCCAUGCCCGGAACCCUUAAUAUGGUCAUUCUCUCAGUCUUAAAAAGACUUUUUCAGUAAAUGGUCGAUCAGUUCAUAAAACGCAACAAUAAAAUAUUUUUAGAUUUUAUAUAUGUAUGGUAAAAAAGCAGAACUACAUUCCAAAUAUUUUACUGUUCUACUUAAAAUUAUCUAUGUAUGAUUUGCUAAAUUCAUAGUUCAAUUUCAGUUUUUGUUACACAAGUAUCCUUUGUAUUAUUUU